AUGCAAUUAAUAUAUCUGCGCCAAAUGGAAAAUAUUUAUUCGACUUUACAAAAACCGAUGAUAAGAGCCAUAUUCUUCGCAUUGUUAAAUCCUCAACCGAAUGGUGCUGGUUUUGCUGGUACACGCUCUCUUGGCUUUUACGACUUAUCAGGAUAUACCAAACUGCAACUGUACUGUCGUGGUCAAGGACAUUUUAAUGGUUUCAAAGUUGUUCUCCGACACAAAGGAUUAAACGAUGAACCGAACUAUUCUUUUGAGCAAUACUUCCAGGCUCCAAAGGAUGAGUUUGCACUCCGCACGUUACCAUUUUCAGAAUUCAAAGCUUAUUACAGAGGAAAGCGAGUAAAUAACAACGAAACUUUAGAUAUUUCCCAAGUGACCAGCAUAGGCAUUCAAAUGUAUGGUGGAGUAUAUCAGACAAUCAAACAGAAAGGGCCUGCAACAUUAGAAUUAGAUUGGAUAAGAGCAGAG